ACAAAAGAUGAAGCCAAUGAAGAAGGCAUGUGUCAGUCUCCCAGGUUCUGGCAGUGGCGGCAAGUCCCCACCGGCCACCCGGGCCAAGGCCCUGAGACGGCGAGGGGCUGGGGAGGGCGAAAAGCCAGAGGAGGAAGAUGAAGAGGUACAGCAGCAGCAGCCCCAGCAGCCUCCGGGGCCAGAAGAGGCUGAGGAGGGUGAGGAGGAGGAGUCCGAGAGGGGCCCUGGGGCUGAGGGGCUGACCCCGGAGCCACACCCUGACGACCCAGCGGCCCCAGGCCCUGCUGAGGACCCCAAGGUAGAGGGGGAGGCAAGUCGCUGGGAGCCCUCCCUCAGCCGUAAGACGGCCACGUUCAAGUCUCGAGCGCCCAAGAAGAAGUAUGUGGAGGAGCAUGGAGCCGGCAGUGGUAGCAGUGGGCCGGCCGGGGCCCCUGAAGAGCGGGCACGAACCCCUGAGGAGGCCAGUGCCCUGGGUGUCCCUCCACGGCCACCCACCUCUACCCGUUCCUCUUCCACCGACACAGCCAGCGAGCACUCAGCUGACCUGGAAGAUGAGCCCGCCGAAGCCUGUGGGCCAGGCCCCUGGCCCCCAAGUGGCACCAGCAGCGGAUACGACCUGCGGCAGCUGAGGUCCCAGCGGGUGCUGGCUCGGCGUGGAGACGGCCUCUUCUUGCCGGCCGUGGUGCGCCAGGUGCGCCGAAGCCAGGACCUGGGCGUUCAGUUCCCUGGGGAUCGGGCACUGACCUUCUACGAGGGGGCACCCGGCGGUGGUAUCGAUGUGGUUUUGGAUGCCACGCCGCCGCCAGGUGCCCUCGCGGUGGGCACAGCCGUCUGUACCUGCGUGGAGCCCGGCGUGGCUGCCUACCGUGAGGGUGUGGUGGUGGAGGUGGCCACCAAGCCUGCCGCCUACAAGGUCCGCCUCAGUCCUGGCCCCAGCUCCCAGCCUGGCCCGCUGGCCGCUGUCCCACAGCCCCCACAGCUGCCACACCAUGAACCUGAGGAGGCCGUGUGGGUGGCCCGUUCCAGCUUGCGCCUGCUGCGGCCCCCCUGGGAGCCUGAGGCCCUGCCUAGGAAGCCCCCCUCGGGCCCUGAGGAGGAGCAGGCUGAGCCGGGGGGCGCCCUGCCCCCCUGCCCUGCUGCCCUGGACUCCAAGCAGCCUGAGGAUGCCGAGGUGUCUAAGAUCAGCUUUGGUGGCAACCUGGGGACUUGCGAGGAGGGUGAGGAGAAGCACCCGCCAGCCCUGGGCACCCCGGCCCUGCUCCCGCUGCCUCCACCCCAGCUCCUGUCACCGCCACCAAAGUCCCCAGCUUUUGUGGGCCCGGGCCGCCCUGGGGAGCAGCCGUCACCCUGCCAGGAGGGGAGCCAGGGUGGCAGCCGGAGCAGCAGCGUGGCCUCCCUGGAGAAGGGGGCAGCGCCAGCCGCCCGGGCACGCACACCGCUGACAGCCGCGCAGCAGAAGUAUAAGAAGGGUGAUGUGGUCUGCACGCCCAACGGAAUCCGCAAGAAGUUCAACGGCAAGCAGUGGCGCCGGCUGUGCUCCCGAGAUGGCUGCAUGAAGGAGUCGCAGCGGCGGGGCUACUGCUCUCGCCACCUGUCCAUGCGAACCAAGGAGAUGGAGGGCCUGGCGGACAGCGGCCCAGCUGGGGCUGGGCGGCCGGCAGGCGUGGCGGCACGGGAGGGCAGCACUGAGUUUGACUGGGGUGACGAAACAUCGCGGGACAGCGAGGCCAGCAGUGUGGCAGCCCGCGGGGACUCGCGCCCACGCCUGGUGGCUCCUGCUGAUCUGUCCCGCUUUGAGUUUGAUGAGUGUGAGGCGGCCGUGAUGCUGGUGUCGCUGGGCAGCUCUCGCUCUGGCACACCCUCCUUCUCUCCUGUGUCUACGCAGUCGCCCUUCUCACCUGCCCCAUCGCCCUCCCCAUCGCCGCUCUUUGGCUUCCGCCCAGCCAACUUCAGCCCCAUCAACGCCUCACCAGUCAUCCAGCGCACUGCCGUCCGCAGCCGCCACCUGAGCGCCAGCACCCCAAAGGGAGGUGUGCUGACCCCACCAGACCUGGGUCCCCACCCGCCGCCACCUGCCCCCAGAGAGCGCCAUUCUUCUGGCAUCCUACCCACCUUCCAGACCAACCUGACCUUCACCGUGCCCAUCAGCCCUGGGCGGAGGAAGACAGAGCUGCUCCCCCAUCCGGGGGCUCUGGGGGCCCCUGGCGCAGGGGGUGGAGGAGCCACCCCGGACUUCCCCAAGAGUGACAGCCUAGACUCUGGUGUGGACUCGGUGUCCCACACACCUACACCCUCCACGCCGGCUGGCUUCCGGGCUGUGUCGCCUGCUGUGCCCUUCUCCCGUUCCCGCCAGCCCUCGCCGUUGCUGCUGUUGCCCCCACCUGCUGGCCUGACCUCGGAUCCUGGGCCCUCUGUGCGCAGGGUUCCUGCUGUGCAGCGGGACUCCCCUGUCAUUGUUCGAAACCCUGAUGUGCCGCUGCCCUCCAAAUUCCCUGGGGAGGUGAGCACUGCUGGUGAGGCGCGGGCAGCGGGACCUGGGCGGGGCUGCCGAGAGACCCCAGUGCCCCCUGGGGUAGCCAGUGGGAAGCCUGGCCUGCCCCCACCUCUGCCAGCCCCUGUGCCCAUCACCGUGCCUCCAGCCGCGCCGACUGCCGUGGCCCAGCCGAUGCCCACCUUUGGCCUGGCUUCUUCACCCUUCCAGCCGGUGGCCUUCCACCCCUCACCUGCUGCCCUAUUGCCCGUCCUGGUCCCCAGCAGCUACACCAGCCAUCCUGCCCCCAAAAAGGAAGUCAUCAUGGGCCGACCUGGGACAGUGUGGACAAAUGUGGAGCCUCGCUCUGUUGCCGUGUUCCCCUGGCACUCCUUAGUCCCUUUUCUGGCCCCCAGCCAGCCCGACCCCUCUGUGCAGCCAAGUGAGGCCCAGCAGCCUGCCAGCCACCCAGUGGCCUCCACCCAGAGCAAAGAACCUGCUGAGUCGGCGGCUGUCGCUCAUGAGCAGCCACCAGGUGGGACAGGGAAUGCUGAUCCUGGGCGGCCCCCUGGAGCCACCUGCCCUGAGAGCCCAGGGCCCGGACCCCCGCACACUUUGGGGGUGGUGGAACCUGGAAAGGGUCCCCCUCCCACCACUGAGGAGGAGGCCCCUGGCCCUCCAGGAGAGCCCCGGCUGGACAGUGAGACGGAGAGUGACCAUGAUGAUGCCUUCCUCUCCAUCAUGUCUCCCGAGAUCCAGUUGCCCCUGCCACCCGGGAAACGCCGGACCCAGUCCCUCAGUGCCCUGCCAAAGGAACGAGACUCCUCUUCGGAGAAGGAUGGACGCAGCCCCAACAAGCGGGAGAAGGACCAUAUUCGGCGGCCCAUGAACGCCUUCAUGAUCUUCAGCAAGCGGCACCGGGCCCUGGUCCACCAGCGUCACCCCAACCAGGACAACCGGACCGUCAGCAAGAUUCUGGGCGAGUGGUGGUAUGCCCUGGGGCCCAAGGAGAAGCAGAAGUACCAUGACCUGGCCUUCCAGGUGAAAGAGGCCCACUUUAAGGCUCACCCAGACUGGAAGUGGUGCAACAAGGACCGGAAGAAGUCCAGCUCAGAGGCCAAGCCUGCGAGCCUGGGGCUAGCAGGAGGACACAAGGAGACUCGGGAGCGGAGCAUGUCUGAGACGGGGACUGCCGCUGCCCCUGGAGUGUCCUCGGAGCUUCUCUCCGUCGCAGCCCAGACACUCCUGAGCUCGGAUACCAAGGCUCCAGGGAGUGGUUCCUGUGGGACAGAGCGUCUGCACACAGUGGGGGGACCUGGCUCGGCCCGGCCCCGAGCCUUCUCCCACAGUGGGGUCCACAGCCUGGAUGGUGGGGAAGUAGAUAGCCAGGCACUACAGGAACUGACUCAGAUGGUGUCCGGCCCCGCAUCCUAUUCUGGUCCAAAGCCUUCCACCCAGUAUGGGGCUCCAGGCCCCUUCUCAGCCUCUGGUGAGGGAGGUGCCCUGGCGGCUGGCGGGCGACCCCCGCUGCUGCCCACCCGGGCCUCCCGUUCCCAGCGUGCAGCCAGUGAGGACAUGACCAGUGACGAGGAACGCAUGGUCAUCUGUGAGGAGGAGGGAGACGAUGAUGUCAUUGCUGAUGACGGCUUCGGCGCCACUGACAUUGACCUCAAGUGCAAGGAGCGGGUGACUGACAGCGAGAGCGGAGACAGCUCUGGGGAGGACCCAGAGGGCAGCAAGGGUUUUGGCCGGAAGGUGUUCUCGCCUGUGAUUCGUUCCUCCUUUACCCACUGCCGCCCACCUUUGGACCCUGAGCCCCCAGGGCCCCCGGAUCCAUCACCUCCAGCCUUUGGCAAAGGCUAUGGGCCCACCCCGUCGUCGUCCUCGUCCUCACCUGCCUCCUCCUCAGCCUCAGCCGCCACCUCCUUCCCACUGGGCUCAGGGACCUUCAAGGCCCAGGAGUCAGGUCAGGGCAGCACAGCAGGCCCACUACGACCCCCACCUCCUGGGGCUGGGGGCCCAGGGACACCUUCCAAGGCCACCCGGUUCCUCCCAUCGGAUCCUGCCGCCUUCCGGCGCAAGAGACCUGAAAGUGUGGGAGGCCUGGAGCCACCAGGCCCCUCGGUCAUUGCAGCACCUCCUGGCGGGGGAGGAAGUGUCCUGCAGACGCUGGUCCUGCCCCCAAAUAAGGAGGAACGGGAAGGCAGCGGAACCCGCAUGCCCUCGGCCCCAGCCCCGUCACUGGCCUAUGGGGCUCCGGCAGCCCCCUUGUCCCGCCCAGCUGCUACCAUGGUCACCAAUGUGGUGCGGCCUGUCAGUAGCACUCCUGUGCCCAUCGCCUCUAAGCCCUUCCCCACCUCUGGCCGGGCUGAGGCAUCUCCAAAUGACACCAUUGGUGCCAGGACUGAGCUGGUCACGGGGUCCCGGGCGCCAGGGAGCUCCCCGCUGGGUGUAAGCUUAGUGUACUCGGACAAGAAGUCGGCAGCCUCUUCGCCGGCCCCGCAUCUGGUGGCUGGGCCCCUCCUCGGUACCGUGGGAAAGGCCCCUGCCACAGUCACCAACCUGCUGGUGGGCACACCGGGUUAUGGGGCCCCAGCGCCCCCUGCUGUUCAGUUCAUAGCCCAGGGGGCCCCUGGCAGUGGAGCCACCACAGGCUCUGGAGCAGGUGCUGGGAGUGGCCCCAAUGGGCCAGUGCCCCUGGGCAUCUUGCAGCCAGGCACCUUGGGCAAGGCUGGGGGAAUCACCCAGGUGCAGUACAUCCUGCCCACGCUGCCCCAGCAGCUUCAGGUGGCGCCUGCCCCGACACCAGCCCCUGGGACCAAGGCAGCAGCUCCUGGCGGCCCCGCACCAACCACCAGCAUCCGUUUCACCCUCCCCCCGGGCACCUCCACCAACGGCAAAGUUCUGGCAGCCACCGCACCCACCCCUGGCAUCCCCAUCCUGCAGUCCGUACCCUCUGCCCCACCCCCCAAAGCCCAGUCGGUGUCUCCUGUACAGGCUCCGCCCCCGGGUGGCUCAGCCCAGCUUCUGCCCGGGAAGGUACUGGUGCCCCUGGCGGCCCCUAGCAUGUCCGUGCGGGCUGGAGGGGCUGGCCAGCCACUGCCCCUGGUGAGCCCGCCUUUCUCAGUACCUGUGCAGAACGGGGCCCAGCCACCCAGCAAGAUCAUCCAGCUGACUCCGGUGCCCGUGAGCACACCCAGUGGCCUGGUGCCGCCCCUCAGCCCAGCCACACUCUCCGGACCCACCUCCCAGCCUCAGAAGGUCCUGCUGCCCUCCUCUACCAGAAUCACCUACGUGCAGUCGGCGGGUGGGCAUGCCUUGCCCCUGGGCACCAGCCCUACGUCCAGCCAGGCUGGAACAGUCACCUCGUAUGGGCCCACGAGCUCGGUAGCCCUAGGCUUCACCUCGCUGGGGCCCAGUGGACCCGCCUUUGUGCAGCCCCUGCUUUCAGGCCAAGCUCCGUUGCUGGCUCCUGGCCAGGUGGGCGUGUCGCCAGUGCCCAGCCCCCAGCUGCCGCCAGCCUGCACAGCCCCCGGAGGUCCCGUCAUCACUGCAUUUUACCCCGGCAGCCCUGCACCCACCUCCUCAGCACCCCUAGCCCAGCCAUCCCAGGCUCCCUCGGGUCUGGUCUACACCGUGGCCACUAGCACCACCCCACCUGCUGCCACCAUCCUGCCAAAGGGCCCACCAGCCCCUGCCACUGCCACCCCGGCCCCUACCAGCCCUUUCCCUAAUGCUGCAGGCUCCAUGACCUACAGCUUAGUGGCCCCCAAGGCCCAGCGGCCCACCCCCAAGGCCCCCCAGAAAGUGAAGGCGGCCAUUGCCAGCAUUCCCGUGGGUUCCUUCGAGGCAGGUGGUCCUGGGCGGUCAGGCCCUGCAGCCCGGCAGCCCUUGGAGCCUGGCCCAGCCCGGGAGCUCCCUACCCCUGAGUCUGAGCUUGAGGGGCAGCCUGCGACACCGGCCCCUCCACCACCCCCAGAGACCUGGGCUCCCAUGGCCCGGAGCAGCCCCCCGCCUCCCCCACCUGCUGAGGAGCGGACAAGCAGCAAGGGCCCUGAGACUGUGGCCAGCAAAUUCCCCAGCUCUUCAUCUUCAGACUGGCGAGUCCCCGGGCUGGGUCUGGAGAGCCGUGGGGAGCCUCCCACCCCUCCCAGCCCAGCGCCAGCUCCGGUCUCAGCCCCCAGCGGCAGUGGCAGCAGCAGCAGCGAGGGCAGCAGUGGGAGGGCAGCCGGGGACACCCCUGAGCGCAAGGAGGCCGCUGGUACCGGCAAGAAGGUGAAGGUGCGGCCCCCGCCCCUGAAGAAGACCUUUGACUCUGUGGACAACAGGGUCCUGUCAGAGGUGGACUUCGAAGAGCGCUUUGCUGAGCUGCCUGAGUUCCGGCCUGAGGAGGUGCUGCCUUCGCCCACCCUGCAGUCUCUGGCCACCUCGCCCCGGGCCAUCCUGGGCUCCUACCGCAAGAAGAGGAAGAACUCCACCGACCUGGACUCGGCCCCCGAGGACCCCACCUCGCCCAAGCGCAAGAUGAGGAGACGCUCCAGCUGCAGCUCAGAGCCCAACACCCCCAAGAGUGCCAAGUGUGAGGGGGACAUCUUCACCUUCGACCGUACAGGUACGGAAGCGGAGGAUGUGCUCGGGGAGCUGGAAUACGAGAAGGUGCCAUACUCUUCCCUGCGGCGUACCCUGGACCAGCGUCGGGCCCUGGUCAUGCAGCUCUUCCAGGACCAUGGCUUCUUCCCAUCAGCCCAGGCCACGGCAGCUUUCCAGGCCCGCUACGCAGACAUCUUCCCCUCCAAGGUGUGCCUGCAGUUGAAGAUCCGUGAGGUGCGCCAGAAGAUCAUGCAGGCGGCCACUCCCACGGAGCAGCCCCCUGGAGCUGAGGCCCCCCUUCCUGGACCGCCCCCCACUGGCACUGCUGCUGCCCCUGUCCCCACUCCCAGCCCUGCUGGGGGCCCUGACCCCACCUCACCUGGCUCGGACUCUGGCACAGCUCCAGCUGCCCCGCCACUGCCUCCGCCUCCGGAGCCAGGUCCCGGACAGCCUGGCUGGGAGGGCCCCCCCCAGCCGUCCCCCCCGCCCCCUGGCCCCUCCACAGCUGCCACAGGCAGGUGAGGGCUCCGAGAAGACCCCAGGACCCACAGUACGCCCCUCAGGACAUGGACAGUAUGUAGGUGGCAGGAAUCCGGGGUGGGGGAGGGCAGGAUGGUUCCCUCCUCCCCAAUAAAGCCAUUUCGUCCUUUUUAGUUUUGGGCGGAAUGAGGCCUGCUCCUCUUGUCUAUCCCCCUCCCCCCACAGCUUUCUCCCUGUGAUGGGGGGCAGCUGAGGGGAAGCAGGGGCACAGUCUCCCUCCACCGAGCCCCUGUAUAUAACCUGGAGUGUGUUACCUUCAGACCUUUUCACUUGUACUUUAUGCAAAAUGGCUCAUGUGAGGGCUACAAGCUGGUGGGUAGUGUGGGCCUUGGGCCACAGGGAGGUGCCUGUGGAGUAGGGGGAGUUCAUGCACCCCUUUUUUCCCCAGAGGGGCUGGACUCAGGUUAGUUUGGGGUGGGGGCUCCUGCACUUUGCCACAGGCAUGGGGAGGGUUCUCUCCCCACCCCCUCUGCCCUCCCAACUUGGGUUGUACUUUCUAAGAAGGUGAUUCCCCCUACCCUUGUCCCUAUCCCCAGAACAAAACAUGUUGAUCAUGUGCAAUAUUUCUUACUGUGCCGAGAAGCCGAAAUGACCGAAAUUAAAGCUGUUUAACACA